AAACGAGAUGGGGAGCCCUCACUUCUGUCACAGCGAUGGCCGCAGUCACAAGUGAAUUACCCAGAGAGCCGACCACUACCACCAACACCAAGAGCGAUCGCCUGAGGGCAGUGAAAAAACGUGUGACCACGUGUUUGCAGCAGUGGUGCCAGAAGCUCCAGCAGCCCGCCUCCUUUCGCAAGAGUUCCUCCAGCCGCUUCUACAGGCUCUUCGUGAAGGCCGACUAUACGGCAUUUGGCGAUAAAUUCAAAUCCGUUCGCCAAUUUCACCGGAUCUUCAAGGCGGGAAGGAAAGGCAAAGAACCGGCGGAGUCGGUCGAUGAGCGCCAGCAGUUGCAAUUUGUGGCGAGACUUUUCUCCUCCACCUUGAUAUCCACGGAGGAGAUAUACGGAAACAGCAGCCGGAAAAGUCAGAGUUUCAACAGCAACAGCAUGACCAUUAUCGAGAGCAACUAUAUAGCCGUAAGGGAGGAGAAUCCCGAUAUAGACGCAGAGGUCCGCGCCAUUUUGCUAUCCCACGCCCAGAAUGGAAUUACGAUAUCGAGUAUCAAGAGUGAAUAUCGGAAACAAACGGGCAACACCUUCCCGCUGCACGACAAUGUCACCGACUUCCUGCUCACCAUUCCAUAUGUCACCGCCGAAUGCAGCGAGACCGGCAAGAGGAUCUUCAAUAUGAAGCCCAACAAGGACAAUCGUCAUCUGUACGACAUGGUCCUGAAUCAAAAGCAGCGCAACGACUUCAGCAGCGGUCCGCCCUCCACCGUCGACUACAAUAGCAAGCCGGUGGGGCAGCGUGGACCGCCCCGCCACUGGCGGUAUCAGUACAAGCGCAGGGCCCAAUCCCCGCUGGAAAAUCUAAAUCAGAUGAAACACCUGAACACCGAAAGGCAAGUCCAGGACAAGGCGAUUAACGCCAAUUCGGCUACCCUGCAGAAACUGGCCAAGGCUGCAGGGGAGUCGAAUUGGUGCUACCAGGAUAAUUGGAAUCAUCUCAACAACUUCUACCAACAAAGCAACGUCAAUGGACACCAAAAUCAAGUGCCACCCAACAUUUACGUCGAUACUCCGGAUCGGCAGACCCAGGUUACAGAUCCAGAGCAACAUUGCCAGAACCCACACCCCAGCCAGAACCAAAACUCUCAACAGGAUAUAUACAAUAACCAGAACAGAGAACUGUUCGAAUUUAAGAGACCUCGUGACCUAACACCCACUCCCACCAUGACCAGUGCCACCCACAACGAUUCGAUGCGGACGAUCAGCUCCGAUUUUGACGCCUUUCUGCUUGAUUUUCCGCUCAUGGGCGAUGAUUUCUUCCUAUAUCUGGCCCGCAUGGAGCUAAACUGUCGCUUCAAGCGGUACGAGCGGGUCCUGCAGUCAGGACUCUGUGUCUCGGGACAAACGAUCAUUGGGGCCAGGAACAGGUUCCGGAAAGUCUAUUUGCCGGAGGGUACACAGAUCAUAGUCAACAUCGGAUCGGUGGACAUAAUGCGGGGCAAGCCGCUGGUCCAAAUCGAACACGAUUUUCGACUCCUGAUCAAGGAGAUCCACAGCCGGAGGUGCAUCCCGAUCUUAACAAAUCUGGCACCUCUGGCUAACUACUGUCACGACAAGGUCCUGUGCGAUAAGAUCACAAAGUUCAAUAGGUUUGUUCGCAACGAGGCAAGGAGUCAUCUGAAGUUCAUCGACAUUAAUUCUUGUCUCAUCAACGAGAAGAAAAAUGUCCUAUUUGAUUGUUUUCAAAGUGCACCGCGUACCGUCACGGGUUCCAAGGAACCGUAUCUGUUUUGGAACAAGAUCGGACGGCAAAGAGUCCUUCAAACAAUCGAAUCCUGCCUGGAGUACUAACCGUAGAUGUUUUACGGAAUUUUUGACUGGGCUGGCACUGGUCCAUCUUUGAAGAUGAUUUUUACGAAAUUUAUACGCUGACGGCACUCGCUUUUAAUGGAAUUCGCUUAAUUUUAAUAUGUUUAUGUUAUAUGUUUAUGUGUCAAUGUCCCUGUUUAUUUUUAUGUUGAAUUGUAUUCGUGCGCUUGUGAGAGUCCCUAAUUGUUUAUACAUGUUUUGUGUUUUUUUGUUAGUUUUUAACUUUUUUUGUGGUUUUCGCAGCCUGGUAUUGGCUUCGUAAUAUUUAGAGCUUUUGCACAUUUUUUGCAUCUAUCCCAAAGACUGUGCGAAAAUUCGAUUUACGAAGUGAUAUUAGGAUGCUAAAAACUUUCUCUACUUUCUCAAAUUAUUCCAUCAAACUUUUCAUUUCAACUUAUUGCUUCUAUUGGAUUGCAAAAUGGAACUUAACUGCAAAUCAUUGCUAAUGUUAUAAUCUGUUUUUUGUUCUCCUCUUUUUUUUGUGUUUUGUGGGCCAAAGUGCUGCAUGCUCAUGUAUAGGAAUCGGAUGCUUCCCCCCAAGAGUGGGUGGCUGGCGGGUUCCAUACAUACAUUUGAGUCAUGCCGCAUUUUGGUCGCGAUGAAAAUGCAUUUGCUUCCCUUGAAGCACUCGCUUGCACAAAAUCAACGCCGCGGCUGAUUUAUUAUUGAUGUGCCAAGCAAUUUCAAGUGAAACAUUUGUGAGAUUUUCGUGUUCCGGUUUCCGUUCGAGUUUUCUUUCCUCCCUUCUUGUUACAAAAAGUUUAUAAAAUGCUUACACUUACACUUUGCUGUAAACAUGCCAUCGGAAGUGCGCGCUUCAAUACUUCUGUUUGCUGCAAAGUAUAUUAACUAAAUCUCAAGUACUAUCUCUUAUUUAUAAACUAGUUUAAUGUAUUGUAUGUAUGUUUUUUGUAUGUAUCGGAAGUGAUCACGUUUUUUUUUGUCCUCAUAACAAGCUGCAAUGUAAAAUUUAAAAAAAAAAUGAAAAAUUAAACAAAUGGGAAUCUAAAAAAA